AUGAGCGAGAUCACUCACCCCACUAUCCAGGAUGGCUGGUUCGCCGAGAAGUCCAACAUGUGGCCUGGCCAGGCCAUGAGCCUUAAGGUCAACCAGGUCCUUCACCACGAGAAGUCCAAGUACCAGGAUGUUCUGGUCUUCGAGAGCAGCGACUAUGGCAACGUCCUCGUCCUUGACAAUGUCAUCCAAUGUACCGAGCGCGAUGAGUUCUCCUACCAGGAGAUGAUCACCCACCUGGCCAUGAACUCCCACCCCAACCCCAAGAAGGUUCUCGUCAUCGGUGGCGGUGAUGGUGGUGUCCUCCGUGAGGUCGUCAAGCACGCCUCCGUUGAGGAGGCCAUCCUGUGCGACAUCGACGAGGCUGUCCCCCGCGUCUCGGAGACCCACCUCCGUGGCAUGAGCAUUGGCUUCAAGCACCCCAACGCUAAGAAGUAUAUCGGUGACGGCUUCGAGUUCCUCAAGGCCAAGAAGAACGAGUUCGAUGUUAUCAUCACUGACAGCUCUGACCCCGAGGGUCCUGCUGAGAGCCUUUUCAAGAAGUCCUACUUCGAGCUUCUCAACGGUGCCCUGCGCGAGGGCGGUGUCAUCACCACCCAAGCUGAGAGCCAAUGGUUGCACUUGCCUCUGAUUGUUGAUCUCAAGAAGGCUUGCGGUGAGGUCUUCCCCGUCGCCGAGUACGCUUUCACCACCAUCCCCACCUACCCCUCCGGCCAGAUCGGCUUCAUGGUUUGCUGCAAGGACGCCAACCGCAACGUCCGUGAGCCCGUUCGCUCCUGGUCUCGCGAGGAGGAGGACAAGCUGUGCCGCUACUACAACGCGGACGUCCACCGUGCCAGCUUUGUGCUCCCCAGCUUUACUCGCAAGGCUCUUAAUGCUUAA